AUGCAAGGACCUGAUUUAAAAUCUGCUUCGGGCGAGCUGCUCACGAUUGAAAGUCAAUUUCGCGGACCGCCACAAUCUGGCAACGGUGGGUAUGUCAGUGGUGCGGUAGCUGAUCUGCUUAUUUCCAAUCUGGCGCUCGACCCGGAUCAGGUAGUGGAAGUGACCCUGCGCGCGCCUAUACCGCUGGAUAAGCCGAUGACUACAUUGCUUGAUGAAGCGGGCGGACUCAAAGUGCUGGAUGGUGAAACGUUGAUAGCCGAAGCAAAAAGCACUGAGUUACUCAUGGAGGUGCCAGCGGCGCCGGACUAUGACGCUGCAGAACAGGCCCGCAUGGGUUCAGCCUCGUUUCAGACAGGACUGAACACGCUUAUUGCUAACGGGACGGGCUUUCAUCCGAUUUGUUUCUGUUGCGGUGCGGAUGUGGCGGCCAACGAAGGUCUGCAUGUUUACGCUGCGCCAGUUGAUGGCUAUGAAGGGGUCGCAGCUGCAUGGCAGCCACCGGAAGUCUUUGCUGAUGCCCAGGGUUAUCUGUCGACCGCGGUAGUUUGGGCGGCAUUGGAUUGCCCGGGCCAGUUUGCCUACCUGGCCAGCGGGACCCGCACCGGCAUGCUCGGUCGGAUGACGGCCAGAAUUCUGCGGAGAGAGAAGAUGAUCGAUUUUGAAAUUCCUGAAGAGACCAAAGCCAUCCGAGCCAAGGUUCGAGGGUUUGUCCAGGAAGAAUGUAUUCCAGCAGAAGAAAAAUGCACCGCAGAUAAUUUUGAGACUGUGCUGGCUGAGCUGCGGGGCAAAGCCCGUGCGCAGGGGUUGUGGUGUCCCUUCAUUCCUGAAGAGUUUGGCGGGAUGGGUUUACGGCCGUUGGCCAAUGCGCUGGUGCAGAUGGAGUUGGGUGAAAGCUUUCUGGGUGCAUUGGCCCUCAAUACCCAGGGCCCGGAUGACGCCACAAUGCUGACACUGCUCGAACACGGCACAGAUUUCCAGAAGGAGAAAUUCCUCAAGCCGCUGCUGGAUGGUCAAAAGCGGAUUUGUUAUUCGAUGACUGAGAAAGCAGCGGGUGCUGAUGCCACCGGCAUGCAGACCACCGCGGUGCUUGAUGGCGACAACUGGGUGCUGAACGGCGAGAAGUGGUUCAGUUCUUCUGCCAGCGUAGCUGACAUUGCUGUGGUUAUGGCCAAAACGGAUCCUGAUGCGCCGCGCCACGAGCAGUACAGUACGUUUAUUGUGGAACUACCCAACCCGGGUUACGAGAUCGUGCGGAACAUUGAGACGAUGCAGCCACAUACAGAUCUUGGCUUAAAACUAGGUGGCUCUCACUCAGAAAUUAAAAUCGAGAACCUGGUUGUUCCCAGGGAUAAUCUGUUAGGUGGACGCGGUCAGGGUUUCAAUAUGGGUCAGCAUCGUCUGGCUUAUGGGCGCCUGCGCCAUGGUAUGCAUAACGUUGCGAUCGCGCAGCGCGCCCUGGAUCUGGCGGCGGGCCAUGUUGUGGAACGCAGCACGUUUGGUAAGCGUCUGGCGGAUCGCCAGGGUGUGCGCUGGAUGCUGGCGGAUUGUGCUGCCGAAAUUUAUAAAGCGCGCCUGAUGCUGCUGCACAUUGCGUAUAAAGCUGAGCGGGGCGAAGAUCUGCGCCAGGAGAACGGCAUCGCGAAAGUGUUUCUCGCGCACAUGGUGCAUCAGGUGGUGGACACCGCGCUGCAGUUACAUGGUGCGCUGGGCUACAGUCAGGAUACACCACUGGCUCGCUGGUACACCGGCAUUCGCAGCCAGAGAUUGGUAGAUGGGCCUGAUGAGGUGCAUCGAUGGCGCACAGGUGCCAACGUCAUUAAGGCUUACGAAAAGUACGGUACAACAGCUUCAUCCUGUGGUGGUGAACUGCUUUAG